AUGGCCAAUUCAGUGCCAAACUUGCCGAUUGGACUAUCGUACGUUGUACCAUCUUGGUUUGACGACAAGGUAUUUAAACUCGGCGAGGACAUGAAACUUGCUUGGGAGCCAAUCAACGCGAAAUUCCAAGAUGAUCCGGAAAAGGAGUCAAAAGAAACAAUUGAGUAUCGCGAUAUCCUUCGAGAUGCUUAUCGCGAGUAUCAGCUUUUGUUUAAAGAAAAAGAAAAGAUGCAUGAGAAUGGGACAUUCCUCUCCAGCAUUGCAUCCGCCAUGGCGGAAAACCCUUUUGCGAACAAACUAGAGAUUACAGAUGUAGUUAAUCGGAAGGAGGAUGUCUACCUCAUUGAAAGAGACUAUCGUACCUCUGUGCGAGCAGUCAUGCUGGCGCCUCAUACCUGGUUCCAUGCUUCCAAUAACCCUAAUUUCGUAUCACCAGUCGAGUUCUUACACAAGCUUCCAGCGGAGAUACACAAAGCAGGUACAACACUACAAGAGCUGAGCAUUCAAUGCUCUGAACCCCGUAAUAGCGCCAAGCUCCGCAUGUCUCCAUCUGAGAAAACUUCACUUAUUGAAUCCAUUCAGAAUUUGAAAUCGCUUACCUUUAACGGGAUUGGGGAGACGAACGGAGGAGCCUGGUUUUUCGGCCGUCAACCAGAUUCGAGAGAUAUCGCUCUUGAUUUUAUAUCAACCCUACUCCAGCCAUCUGGCCUCGACCAUCUCACACUUGUAUUUUCUAAAUUCGCACCAGUUUCAUGCAGUGUGAGUGAAGUUAUGAAGGGAGCACAUCAUGAAGGCCUGAAACAACUGUGUCUUUCUGGUGCUACAUGGCACCCGGGAGAAUUGGGACAAUAUCUGGUCCAUAUUAAAGGUCCAUGUGAUGUUACCUUGAAAUCGGUGGUAUUACUGAGUGGAAAGUGGGAAGAAGAAGUUGAUAACUUACGGAGCCUAUCGACAGUCUCGAUUCAAAUCACUGAUCUCUCAGGUGCUGAGUUUGAUGACCAGCAGUUCCGCGUGCUGUGGGCUCCUGAGGGGGAGAUAGCACUCAACAGGUAUCUUCAGAGAGCAACUUCGGUCAACCCUUUCACAAACAAGAACAUCGAAUAG